AUGCCUGGUCAUCCUUCCCGCCUCGCAAUACUUCAACCUAAACCCCUGCUUCAGGGUACACCGGAAUACGAGAAGAAGCGUACCGCCCUUCUUGAGGCCUUCGCGGAAAAAGUGCCUCCAGAACUGCGGCUAUCAUCAGAUUUCUUCUCAAACCCGCCAAGGGAUGUUUCUGGUGUACCUGCAAAGUGUGGUAUCUUGACUCCUGCCGAGAUCGAUAUCACGGAAAAGUACGAUGCGGUAGGCCUUGCGGAAGCUAUCGCUGCCCGUAAUUUGACAGCUGUUCAAGUAGCCACUGCCUACUCUAAACGAGCCAUAAUUGCGCAUCAAUUAACGUGCUGCUUGACACAAUGGUUCAUGGACGACGCAAUUAAGAGAGCUCAGGAGCUCGACGAUUAUCUGGAGAAGCACGGAAGGACAGUUGGACCUUUACAUGGGGUACCAAUUAGCAUCAAGGAGCAUAUACCCAUUGCUGCGACUUACUCCUCCAGUGGAUCAAUGGCAAGCACGCAGUUCAAUGAACAGGAUUGCGUCAUGGUAUCCAUAUUGCGAAGUAUGGGCGCGGUAUUUUACUGCAAGACAAACCAGCCACAGGGAAUCAUGCAUUUAGAAACUACAUCACAUUACGGUCGUACUAUAAAUCCAUUCAACACUGAUCUCAGCGCUGGAGGUUCAUCAGGUGGUGAGGCAGCACUAGUGGCCAUGAAAGGAUCAGUUCUUGGUGUGGGCACAGACAUUGGCGGUAGCAUCAGAGGCCCUGCGGCGUUCUGCGGUGUCUAUGGAUACAAGACUACGUCGUAUGUACUUCCAGCAAAGGAUUAUGUUGCGUUACCAUUCUCCGCCGAACUCAACAUCCUAGCCAGCACUGGCCCGUUCAGUCGAAGCCUACGGGACAUAGACCUGUUCAUGAACACCGUCAUUGGCCAGAAGCCGUGGCUUCAAGAUCAAAAGCUAGUUCCUUUGCCAUGGACGGGCUUGCAAACUCCAACCAGAAAGCCAUUACGAAUAGGUAUCAUCGAGAACGACGGCUUCAUCGAGCCCCAGCCUCCUGUCAAGCGCGCUAUAGCAUGGGCUAGAUCACGACUGUCCGAUCCAAAACACUCUGGUAUCUUUGACAUCAAAGACUUCAAACCUUACAACGCAGUAGAAGCAUGGAAAAUGAUCCGACGCAUGUACUGGCCUGGAGCUGGAAUAAAAGAAACAGAGGCCUACGAAGCAUCAGGCGAACCUAUUCUCGAGUUAACAGAAUGGGGCUGGAAGGACGCCAAACCACAUGGCAUGCUCGAUGCCUCUCAAGUCACCGAUCUUCGCGCCGAGCGUGACAAGUUCCGCUACGCAUUUGCCGACAGCUGGAACAAACAGGAAGUCGAUAUCGUUAUCGGACCUGCGUUUGUAGGCCCAGCUUGUGCGCACGACUCGGCCUUCUACUGGACGUAUACUAGUCUCUACAAUUUUGUGGAUUAUCCAGGUGUUGUUGUGCCGACGCCGAUAAAGGCUGAGGCAAAGGAGGAAUAUGCCCCGGAUUAUAAGCCGUUGAGUGAGGAGUGCAAGCAUGUCAAGGAACUUUGGGAGCAGUCGAAUUUUGAGGGGGCGCCGAUUACGCUGCAGGUUAAUGCGAGGAGGUAUCAUGAUAGUGACUUGUUUGGCGCGUUGGCGGUGUUGAAGGAUGCACUUGAGCUUCCAUGA